CAUUACUAAAGAUCGAAAACCAUGCGUUUAAACAAAGGUUAAAGCAAAAAUAAAUCAAACUGUCUACAUUAGUUUAAGCUGAAUUGCCUUGAGAAGACAUAUCUCAAGAACUUAGUUUACACAAGUUUAUCGCAAAUAUAUUGAAUUUCGGACCAAGUUUGACCUCAAACUCUGACUAACAAGAAUGAGUGCAACGGCGUUGUUGAUCCUGUCUGAAGGAGCUGAAGAGAUAGAGGCUGUAACAGUUGCUGAUGUGUUGGCUAGAGCAGGAGUUAAUGUUACUGUUGGAGGACUUCAAGGUGAUGCAGUAGUUAAAGGAAGCAAUGGUGUUUAUAUAAAGCCAAAUGUUCCACUUUCUAGCGUCUCAUCAAAACUUUUUGAUCUAGUAGUAAUGCCAGGUGGUAUGGGUGGUUCUAAUGCUAUGGCGGCAUCAAAAUUAGUUGGGGAAAUCCUGAAAGAGCACGAAAAACAUGGCAAAUAUAUUGCAGCAAUAUGUGCUGCACCGAUAGCUUUGGAGUCCCACAAAAUCGCCGUAGGAAAAAAACUGACAUCUUACCCAGGCUUUGAGGAUAAGCUUCCAAGUUACACAUACUGUGAAGAUAUUGUUGUUGUUGACGAUAAACUCGUUACAAGUCGUGGACCUGGAACGGCGAUGGCUUUUGCUAUGAAGCUAGUUGAAUUACUGUGUGGCAAAUCGAAAGUUCAAACUCUAACAAAAGGCAUGCUUGUUUCACUUUAAAAUACUACGAGUUUCCGGUUUACUUGUUUAUUUUCAUCAUGUUUGAUUUUAGGAACCUCAUAUUUGUUGGAAAAUUCUGAGAGAAUUCAUCUAAUAAAAGAUUUCAUUCAUUAUC